AUGAAGUGGUUAUUCACCUUUGCUGCAGUCGCGUCCGCGCUGCAGACCCUACCUCCAGUGCACUUCGAAAACACAAACUCCUACGGAUUUUCACUAGAAACUGCCAACCGGACAAUCUACCUAGAUGCCACUUUCGCGUCUUGGAAAGACCAAAAUGGGUUGACCCUGAUCCCUCCAUCGGCUCACGACUUUGCGAGUACAUUCAGGGAUGAUUUGCAGGAGUUGACCAACAGUUCCUGGGAGCUUCGAACGGUCAAUAAAUUCCCCACACACGCGUCAGGCAUAUUUCUCGGUCGCGCGGAUCGUGCAAACCAAUUCACCUACGAGAACGGCCGCGAAACCGAGGAGGGAUAUGAGUUGAAGGUUCAUAAUGACAGUGUGUUUAUUCGAGGCUCCGGGGCGCGUGGCAUGUGGUGGGGGACGCGAACCCUUCUCCAACAGCUUGCCUUGACACCGUCGUCCAUACAAUCCGGUCGCGUGGAUGAUGUGCCCGCCUAUGCGACUCGAGGGUUCUUGCUUGACGCUGGCCGCAAGUGGUAUUCGCUGGAGUUCCUGAAGGAUCUGUGCACCUAUGCCUCGUUCUUUAAGAUGUCCGAGUUCCAUUAUCAUGCGACCGACAACUUCCCAUUGAGUCGUGGUCCCAAUGUGAAUUGGAAUCAGGUCUACUCCCAAUUCGCGUUACAUCCCGAGAACCCAUCCCUCCAGCCGCUCGUCCAGCGUGCCAAUGAAACGCUGUCGCGUGCCGAGUUCGAUGAUUUUCAGCACCAUUGUGCCCAACGUGGUGUCACAGUGAUUCCCGAAAUCGAAAGUCCUGGCCACUGUCUCACGGUUACGAAAUGGAAACCCGAGUUAGCUUUGGACUCUAGGGACUUGCUCAAUCUUACGCACCCGGAGACCGUUCCGUUGAUGAAGUCUAUCUGGACUGAAUUUCUCCCCUGGUUCCACACAAAGCAGGUGCAUAUCGGCGCCGAUGAGUACGAUGCCGCUCUUGCUGAUGACUACGUUGGGUUCGUGAAUGAGAUGUCCCGAUUCAUCCAACAGACUUCUGGCAAGAGUGUCCGCAUAUGGGGCACAUAUGAACCCUCAAACUUUACCAUCGAUCGGAAUGUCACAAUUCAACACUGGCAGUAUGGCCAAUCUGACCCCGUUGACUUGGCUCGCAACGGGUACCAGGUCAUCAACUCCGAGGAUUGGUGGGCAUAUAUGUCGCUGAAGAGCAAUCAUGUGCCUAUCACCCCAGCCCCGUAUCCCCAGUUCUUCAAUAACGCCCGGGUUGUCAACUUCGCUGACCGCAAGGGAUGGCAAUGGAACCCUCAGCUCUUCAACCCAGUGAACACGACCGAACAACCAGGGGCUGAUGGUGUGCCAGGAGCUCUGCUGGCUGCUUGGAACGACAGCGGCCCAGACGCCACUACCCAGCUUGAAGCCUUCUACGCCAUUCGUGAUGGUAUUCCGGUCGUCGCAUCUCGAUCGUGGUCUGGACCUCGUGGCCCUCGCUUGAACGAGCAAAAUUUGGACAAAUCCAUCGCUAAAUUGACUGCUCACGCAGUGGGUCAAAAUCUUGACCGACGACUUGCGGGCGAAGGCAACCACCAAACCUUGUUGUCAUGGAGAAGACCAAACACAUACGACCAGGAAAAAUAUGAUCUAGGCUAUGGCAGCAAGGGCAUGGAUUACACCCUUCAGCUAGAGAUUACGGGACCAUUCUCUUUGCAAUCGUCUGACGGAAGUCUCACACUAUCAUCCAAUGGCGAAUUGACUUUUUUGUCUGACGGAUGGCCCUAUCCUCUUCGCUCUGUUGCGGAAGCCGACGGUUUCGACGAAGAUCAGCCCGGAAGAAUCUGGGCUAAUAAGACCACCUCAACCCAUGAGGUUGUGAAUGUUCCUCGCAACUCAAAAGUCACCAUCUCCACAACGGCGAAGAUGGGAAGCCGUGUGUGGGUUGACGGUGUCUUUGUCGGCAGAUUUGAGGUUUUCAUAUAUGGCGGAAAGAAUCAAGUUUUCUCUUGGAACCAGAUGGCGUUUGUCGCACCCUUGGAAACCUUAGAAGGCUCAGGUUUGCAGCAUAUGAAGCUCCUCCGUGGUUCCAUUCGUGAAUGA